AUGACCGCCAUCGAAAUCGAUGCCAGGGCUAUCAGUCAGCUCAGCCGGAACAUUCCGGACCUAGACGUUAUACACGACGACGUGCUGCAGGUAGACUACGACGCAAUCAGUAAUAAGAAAGAUACCAAUUUAUGGGUAAUAGGUAAUCUUCCUUUUUACAUCACGAGUCAAAUUCUAUUCUGCCUCGUAGACUACAAGAGGGUCAUAGAUAGGGCUGUCGUAACUGCACAAUGGGAAGUGGCACAGCGCAUUGUAGCUCAGCCAGAAGAGUUUGAAUAUUCCAUUUUGAGUGUAGUGUUACAAUUAUAUGCAAUUCCUAAGCUUCUCUUCAAAAUACCCAACCAUGCAUUUUACCCUGUGCCAAAAGUAGACUCCGGAGUGAUAAGAUUGGACUUUAAAAACAAAGCCAAUCCGCCUUGCGCUCCGCUAGUGCUCAAACGAAUACUCAGGGAUGCAUUCAACCAGCGAAGAAAGAUGUUGAAGACUAGUCUGAGGAACUGCCUAGACCAGCUUGAAAUAGCAAGGCUACCGCCAGAACUAGAGGACGUAAGACCACAGCAGCUUUCCCCGGAAGGUUUUGUAGCACUGGCUCAGUGGGUACAGAAAAUGGGCAAUUUUAAAGGUGAAAACAAGACAUACGGUCUCCACGAUAAUAAGCGCAUGAGCCUAGCUAUGGGGCCAGAGGCACUUGACCGCGACCCUCAGCGAGUUUGGCGGCAAGAAAGGCACGGUGAAACGUAA